UUUUACUGUCGUGUAAGAUAACGCGUGUUAAUAUCUAGAGCGUUUUUCAGUACGUGGUAAGUUAUAAAUCCGAUAUUAAGGGCAGUUCCCAGCUGAUAAAGCAGUGGCUUGUGCAGUAGUAUCUGUAUUCUACACAUAAAGAUCAGCUAUAAACAAUGUCUGGACAUAAAGAGAUGCGGGCCAUACGUGUUGCUAACCAUGGUGGACCAGAGGUGUUAAAGAUCGAUCCCAAAGUUCCAGUACCAGUCCCUUCUGAUACUCAGGUAUUGGUGGAAGUAAAAGCAGCGGGGGUGAAUCCUGUAGACACGUAUAUUCGUAGCGGUACUUUCCGAAUUACAGUUCCGCUGCCAUACACCCCGGGCUCAGAUGUGGCUGGAAUCGUGUCAAAGGUUGGGGCCAAAGUAACCAAAUUUAAGCCAGGGGAUAAAGUGUAUGUGAUAAGGAAUGUUUCCGGCGGGUAUGCGGAAUUCACGGUUGCUGAGGAAACUAUGGUUGGGAAACUACCGACCCAUCUGAGUUUUUCCCAGGGUGCAGGUCUUGGUGUACCAUGCUAUUCGGCAUCUCGGGCAUACAUAAAGGCGAAAGAUAAAGUGAAGCCAGGAAACACCGUGCUUGUGCAUGGAGCCAGUGGAGCGGUAGGUCUAGCAUGUGUCCAGAUAGGGAAGGCCAAGGGCCUUACAGUGCUUGGGACAGCAGGAACCAAAGAGGGGCUGGACUUGGUUCUUAAACACGGAGCAGCAAAGGCUUUCAACCAUAAGGAACAGGGCUACAUUGACAAAGUUCUGGAAGCAACCAAUGGCACGGGACCAGAUAUUAUCAUAGAGAUGUUGGCCAAUGUGAAUCUGGAUACAGACGUGAAUACAAUCAACAAGGGAGGAAUCAUAGUGGUCGUUGGAAGCAGGGGCACUGCACAGAUCGUCCCGCGUGUAAUUAUGUAUAAGGAGAUUAUUGUCACUGGGUUUGCACUGUGGAAUGCCCCACCAGAAGAAUGGGUGGAAAUGCAUCAAGUGAUCUCAGAAGGACUUACUAAAGGCUGGCUCGUACCCAGUGUCCAAAAGGAGUAUAAGCUGGAAGAGGCCUCGUUAGCACACGAAGAAAUUAUCAACAAUUCUGGAACAACGGGCAAUAGGAUACUUAUUAUGUAACUUCAAGCAAUCCUGUUCGCAACUUGUAAUUGGAAUUUGCGUGUCCUUUCAAAGAAGUAUUUUGUUUAAUUAUGUAAUUAAUAAAAGUUGUAUUUGUUAAUAGGAAAUUAAUGCUCAAAAGUUACUUUGUAGGAUUUAUGAUCAAUUGCCUUUAUUAUAGGUUCAUGUGAUAAAGUAUAGGGCCAUAAGCUGAUACAACAUCUAUAACAGUGUUCCAUGAUCCAGAUACAUAUUUGCAGGCUAUAGCUAAUUAAAGGCCCUAUAAAGGUGACAAAUCCAAUAAUUAUGCAUAUAAAAUUGCCUAAUUUUUACCGGAUUUCAGUUACCCUUGCAUAAAAAUUGCUAAUAACACAGCAGAGGUGCAACGUUGUCAAGAAGUAUUGAAGAUAUACCCGUUUCAUAAUUGGAAGAAAUGCUUACAACUUUGCAACUAACGUGAUGUGUAGCCCCAAAGCGGUGACGUAUGCUAAAAAUAGCCAAAAGAACAUACUUUUAAUUCUAUUUCUAUUUUUUACCAGCAAAAAGUAACUGAUUAGAUCACUACAAACGUUUUGACCAUUAUUAGAAGAGACAUACUUUGUGAGUAAUACCGGAAAACAUUGAACAUCAACGAUAUAUUUUUGGUGACCUGAGUCACUUUCACUUUCUCUUUCCCGAAUAAACAGCGAUGCAAAUAAACUGAUUGUUUGUAAACACGAUAGACUUGGAGGACACUGUAUUUUGAGCUAAAAACAAGUUGUAUUGCUCAUAUUUUUAUGGUUAUGUCCAAUAGAAUAUACAUAUUUUUUUUUUGAUUACCUUUAUAUAUAAAAUACGGAAAAAAUAUUUAAAAAUCGGUAAAUAAUUACGGAUCUUCACCUUUAUAGAGCCUUUAACAUACCCAAGGGUUACUCAAAACAUAGAUGCAAACAGCCCGCACAUUCAGUCUCUUGUAUGUAUUGCUUGGGGUCACAUCAUUAUUAGUAGUUGUAGAGUUAAGCUUCAAUAGAAUGCUAUUAAAUAUAUAACCUCA